AUGCCUUUCCCUCUCAAAACUAUAUACGAGGAUCCUCGUGAGGAAUGGGCAGACGACGAGAUCCAUUGGCACUACAACAUGCCAAUGAUAGUCGUGCGAGCCAGGCCCCAUGUUCUGAUGCGUUGCAACGUGUGCUGCGAUACUGCUUCAGUUCUAAAGACAUCGGUCAGUAUCAAUAAGUGGAUUAACGCCGAAUAUUUCAUAUGGCAGAUAUCCGCGGCGCUAGCUGACACCGGCGUAGACCCACAGUGGACGGAGCUUUUCGAAGAACAAUACAAUGAAACGUGGGUGCAGAUCCAGCAAGAGUUUGAUAGCAUAGCCGAUCUGCCCGAAAGAUUCCUUCGCGAGGUUCCGGCUCCGCCCUUCCAGAUUGCAGAGGUGAGAAUCCAGACUAGCGAAUUCCCUUGUUACUGGCAGCUCUGUGCGAACACAGGCCGACACAUGAUCCACACGAGCUUCUGGGAUCUUUGGAAGUUGAUUCUCCAGCAGAGCUCGCCCGCUGUUGGGACCUUUGAUGUUAUUCUCAAAGCACCCUCGCACACUGCUUCCGGUGAGGAUCUUAUUGAUCCUUGGAAUAUGUCUUUAUCAAGCAAUCACACUAGUGUUAUCAGUCAUGAGGAUGUUUCCUAUCUCGGCUGGGAGCACGUACACAAUGAUUUCGCUCCGACCAAUUUCACGUGUCUCCCUGAGGGAGAGCAGCGAGAUAAUAUCGCUCCAGCUAGCCGCGGCCGAUCACGAUCACGGUCACAAUUCCGGUCACAAUCAUAG